CCGACUACUUGAUCCAGUACAUAACCUUGGAUUGCCACUGGCAAGUGGUGCCUACAGAACGUCACCCAUUCAAAGUUUAUAUGUUGAGUGUAAUGAACCCUCAUUACAGCAGCGCAGAGCAUUACUCACAUUCUCUUACCUACUCAGAAUUCAGUCAUCACCGCAACACAUAUGCUACAACAUCCUCACACAGUGCAACUCACGCUUACACUACAGAAAUAAACCGAAUAUGAUUAGGCCACUUGUCCUGCGGUACGAACAAUACUGUCAGGAUUAUGACAUUCCCCACGAAGUCCUCCAGGUUGCCAAGAAACCACAACGGUUGGCCCCGUGGUACGAUUUCACACAGUUGUGCGAUUGGACAUUAACACAUUUAAAGAAAAAAAGACACUCCACACGAACACAUCAUACAAGAAUUCCGUGCUCUUCAGGACAAGUAUCAAAAUCACAUGGAAUUCUACACGGAUGGCUCCAAAACAAAAGAACACGUGGGUGUAGGGGCCAUAACAGAAAAUUGGGAAAGAAGUAUUCGUCUACCAAAACAUGCUUCUGUUGUCACAGCUGAAGGUUAUGCUGUAUGGGUUGUAGUUAAAAAGAUUAUCACUGGCAAGCACAAAAACACAGUCAUAUACACUGAUUCCUUAAGUACACUGAAGGCUCUAAAUCUGAAAUCUGAGUGUGAACCCCUGUUAGGGCACAUAGUAAACAUGGUCGCGCUUAACAAAUAUGGGAGGUCAAUCCGCUUCUGCUGGGUACCAAGUCAUGUUGGGAUACCGGGUAACGAAGCAGCCGAUAGAUGUGCAUCAAUGGCAGCUUACAAAGACAUAAUAAACACAACACUUCCAUAUAAAGAUAGUAUCCGUGCCGUUAGGAAGGCCUUAACGUCAAAGUGGCAACACGAAUGGGACCAUUGUAGAGAAAACAAGAUAUAUCUCACUAAACCCGUACUUGGUGAGUGGAAGUCGUGCAACCACCAGGAGCGCUUCUUUGAAGUAGUUCUAUGCCGACUACGCGUUGGGCACACACACCUCACACACAAUUAUCUACUUACAAAAGACAACGUGCCAACAUGUGAAAAAUGCCAAGAACAACUAACAGUCAUGCAUAUAUUACUCACAUGCACACACAUUGAAGUACAUACAAAGACGAAACUUUUUGCACAACCUAUAUCAAAUGCACAUACCUUUACAUCCUGCUUUAAUUUUAGGAGAUGAUUCGAUAAUCCCAUUACCUGACCUGCGUAAAUUCCUAGACGACACUGGCUUUUUAAACAAAAUAUAGAUUAACACGGCCUUUCUCCUCUUAAAUAGUAUUAUGAGACACCUCUUGUUUGGCGCAGCAUUUGGCGUGUUUGGCGCAGGGUGGGCUUGGCGGCUUUGCCACUGCGCAGGCCACUAAUCCUUUCGUCUUCGUAAUGCAGGUGCUCGGACCAUUCAUCGCGUGUCUUUUCCUUCCUGGACUGGCGACUACGCCACUGACCGCACCUUCAUAUUUACCAACCCAUCUCAGCGUGGAUGUAUCAGGCGCCCGUCAACGAGCCACUGCCAUCGCUUCACCCGUCUUUGGAACGACACACUCGUCCUUGGAUUAUCUGCCCCUCGCAACAGAAUGGGAAGCCCCAUCGCAUCCAACAUCACUGCUAGGGCCAGCUAUAAAACAGGAGCAGCCACCAGUGGCACUUUGUGGGCUUGGCGGCUUUGCCGCUGCGCAGGCCACUAAUCCUUUCGUCUUCGUAAUGCAGGUGCUCGGACCAUUCAUUGCGUGUCUUUUCCUUCCUGGACUGGCGACUACGCCACUGACCGCACCUUCAUAUUUACCAACCCAUCUCAGCGUGGAUGUAUCAGGCGCCCGUCAACGAGCCACUGCCAUCGCUUCACCCGUCUUUGGAACGACACACUCGUCCUUGGAUUAUCUGCCCCUCGCAACAGAAUGGGAAGCCCCAUCGCAUCCAAGAUCACUGCUAGGGCCAGCUAUAAAACAGGAGCAGCCACCAGUGGCACUUUGUGGGCUUGGCGGCUUUGCCACUGCGCAGGCCACUAAUCCUUUCGUCUUCGUAAUGCAGGUUGGUGAACGUUUCAGCCUCUUUGCCAAAAAGUCUAACAACUACUUCUUAGUACAGCUGCCAAGCCCACAGUGCCUUAAUGCUGUUCUUGUUGAUUGUUUUCAUGUCGUUUUUUCGCUGUUACUCCUACUUUCCGGUGAUAUAGAAACUAACCCCGGUCCGGAUACUGCAGCUAUCCUCGCAGAGCUAAAGAAGAUAUCUACUGGCCAGUCCAAGCUUAUUUCUGAAGUUCAAGAUCUAAAAUCUCAGUUAUUAGCGACAGACAGAAAUGUAUCUGACCUAGGCAAACGUAUGACUGAACUUGAGAGCCAUUACGAAAGCCUUGUAACACUUAAAACAGACACAGAAGUUCUCCGCACCGACGCAACUAAAGCUACUCGCUUAAUUUCAAAACUAGAGGCACGUCUUGAUGAUGCGGAAAACAGAACGCGACGGAACAACUUGGUAUUCUACGGACUCCCUGAAACUACACCUGAAUCGUACGCACAAUCAGAACAACUUAUCAUUAAACAUUGCCGCAAGCAUUUAGAUAUACACAUCGACACAAAAGAGAUAGAGCGCGCCCAUCAUCUCGGACGUCAUUCGAACGACAAACCCCGUCCAAUAAUAACAAAAUUCACAUUUUUCAAAACAAAAGAAACUGUCCUGUCGAGCGCCCGGAAACUAAAAGGUACCAAUUAUAGUACAGUAAAAGCUCGUUAAUUCGAA